UGUCAGGAGCACAAUAAUUUGUCUGUUCUUCAACCUCUUUCCCCGCAGGAGAUAGAAAGAGAGAGAUAGCUCUAAUAGACGGAGAGAGGCUCCCAAAUCGAUCUUUUCCGCAGCUGUUUCCUCUCCGAGCGGCGGCGAAUCUGAGAACUCCUGGACGAGCGGAGGCGGCGAGUCCGUGAUGGUCGGCCGCCGGCGGGCGCGGACAUGCACCACCGCCCCUCUUCCUCCUCCUCCUCCGCUGCUGCCGGGUCGUCGUUGCCGCUCUCCCCCGCCGACGGCUUCCUCCGCGUGAAGGACGGCGUGGACGGGAUGAUCAAGUACGUCGCCAACGAGCCCUCCGUCGGGCUCUACUUCGUCCAGCAGCACGCCCGGGCCUCCAUGCCUCUCCUCCUCGACGUCAAGGGUAAGCUUGCAGAAAAGACUCACGAGGUGAUACUGCACACAGAAGACAUGGAGGAUUCUAUUUGUGCUGUGAGAUCCAUGGCUGAUUUUGGACUUCCACUGGCUGAUGACAUGAUCAAGGACAUAAAUAGAUCACUGCAAAUAAUGUCAAAGACCCAGCCAAAGAGAGGGUUGAUCCAGAACCCCAGUUGGGGGUUCGAGUCAAGGAAAAGCUCAGGAACUUGGGAUGAAUUGGGCUCUACCAAUGGAAGUAGCAGAAGGAACUACCUCUCUUCAAUGUUCAACACUGCGAAGCAAAAGGCAUCCAGUUUCAGGUGGCCACAGCCUGACUUUACAACCAAAGAUGAUAUUAGCGAGAAUUCAGCGUCUUCUGCUGCCCCAGAAUCGUCACAAGCUGGUGGACAAGGGGCAUCUACACCAGAUACAGAAAAGGAUGACCUCCCCAUUUCAAGUCGGUUGUCAGAUGGUACGACUGGAACGAACCGUAGCUUGCCUGCUACCGGCGUCUCCGAAACAGUGGAGGCUUACAAUAAGUUCAAAGAAGAACAGGAACUGAAACUUCAGGAGUGGCUUAGAGACUCUGAAGAAGCUGUCGGCAAUAAAGACUGAGUGGGCUAAAUCUGCUUCAGCUCUGUGCCUCUGUUAGAGCAUAAACAGAACGUCACCUUUGUUAGACAUUCUGUUAGUGAAACAGAGCUUUGAUUGGUAUAGAUGUGCCGUAUGCCGAAACUGUAAUUUGUGAGAUCGUUUUUAUCAGCUCUGUGCGGCUGUUUCUCCCAAAAGGACUUAACUCCAGUUCCUCUUAUGAAGCAGUUUUUUAGCUGAAGUUGUUCCAGAAAAAGUGUAACAAAAUUUGUUCUAGUGAGAAUUUUGUUAUAGUUUGUGCUAAAUUUGUGAGAAGCAGUGAGAAGCCAUAUUUUUUA